AUGGGUGGCGAAGCAGGCGGCGGCCAGUUGAUGCGGGCGUGGGUGGCGUCGCACGCCGAGGCGCAGGGCGUGGUGCCCAUGUUGAUCAACGGCGGCAGCGGGCUGGUCGGCGAGGCCGUUGAGUACGCCGCCGAGGUGCCCGAGGCGCUGGCCGAGUCGGCCGGCGAUGCGUGGAAGGACAUUGUGGCUGGAUGCGCGGGCGGGCUGCUGGAGGCGAUCUCGUGCCACCCGUUGGACACGGCCAAGGUGACCAUCCAGGCUGCCGAGGGCGAGGCCGGCAUGGUCGAGACGCUGCGGACACUUGUCCGUGAGGAGGGCGUCCGCGGGCUGUACAAGGGCGUCCAGUCACCCAUUGCCGGCCUUGCCGUCAUUAACUCGAUGCUCUUUGGACUUUACGGCAUGACCAAGGACCUUGUCCGUCCGGCUGACACGCCCGACCAUGCCCGUCUCUCGCUCGAGCGCAUCGCCAUCGCCGGCGCGCUCACCGGCAUCCCGCUCACCCCGGUCGAGUCGGUCAUCGACCUGGUCAAGAUCCAGCUGCAGGUCCAGUCAGCGACCCGUCGCGAGUUCACCGGCUACUUUGAUGCUGUCUCGCAGCUGCUGCGGACCCAGCCGCGCUCGCUGCUCCGCGGCAUGUUUGCCACCCUCGUCCGCGACGUGCCGGCCAACGCAACAUACUUUCUUUCCUACGAGGCGAUCAAGCGCCCGCUGCUCACGGCCGAGGAGGCCGUCAACGACCUGCUGCCCAGCGGCGCCCCGCUGCCGGCGUGGAAGAUCCUUACGGCAGGCGCAGGGUCGGGCGUCCUCUUCUGGUUCGUCGCCAUGCCCAUGGACGUCGUCAAGUCGGUCAUCCAGGCGGAGUCGAUCGUCCCAGAGCGCCAAAAGUACAAGACCUACGGCGACGCCGUCCGUGGCAUCUACGCCAAGUUUGGUUGGCGUGGCUUCUUCCGCGGCUUUGUCCCGUGCAUGAUCCGCGCCGCCCCGUCCAACGCAGCCUGCUUCCUUGGCUACGAGUACGCCCGCAAGGCCCUCGACUGGCUCACGGCACCCGUGAGCUAGCUACCGUAUGGCGUCCAGCGACGCUACCGUCCAUCACCACCGCUACCGCUGUGGGCUGCUGCCAGCAGCUGCGUCGACAGCCGGCCGACCGUGUCGCGCGACGCCGCAAGCUCCUGCUCGAGGCUUGCCACUUUGUGCACCUGCGUCUUGUACAUGCCCUGCAACUCGGAGAGCUGCUUUGAUGUAAAUGCCUUGUUCUGCCGGUACAGCUCGCGCAGAUCCUCC